AUGAACCCGUCCGAACGCAUUCUCCCCGAGGAAUAUCGAGUAAACUCGCAAAUGAUCAACAAACUGAUCAAACAAAACAAAGAACUGACUCUGCAACUGGACCGAAAACAAGACGAAAUUGACCGCAUGAAUGUACUUAUCGGCUCAUUGAGGGGUAAGCUCAUCAAAUACACAGAGCUAAACAAAAAACUGAACCAGAACAUCAAUCGCAAUAACAACCAUGUCAACGCUUCAGCUGCAGCAACAGAGUCUAUGACUCAUUCAGAGAGCCAAUCACCGAACUUCUCGCCCGUGGACUUUUUGCAAGUGAACAAGACGCGAACCAAAGAUCCCACCAAUCCUGCAGCGCGUACUUCUCAUUUGGAAGCACGUAUAGGUGACAUAUACUCAAAACUUGACGCGCUAACGACUUUGAUGACCCAUUCCAUCGGCGAAACGGGCCGUUCAGCAGCCAGUCCGUCAACACAGACCAACUCAGAUUCUCGGGCAACACACACACGACCCAAUUCUUCUUCUGCGUCCACAGAAUCCGUGGUGCAUCGAUCGCUACGUCUGGCCUCUGAAGAUGACAUUAUAACGCAGGAGAGUGCAGAGCUCCAAAAUUUAGAGGGGCAAAUCGAACUGCUGAAACGGAAACUUUUGAUCAAACGUGAAAACGAGCUACGAAAAUUGUCAUUGAAUAAAGAGCUGCUAGAUCUUAUGGAUAAAUUGGACAUGUCGAAGCCCACACUGCCGACAUCUCACGACGCUGCGGUUUCUGAGAGCGUAACAGACACCACACCUCCACAUUGCGAGCAAUGCCGCAAGUCUACAUCGUCCAUCAAUGCCAAAAACGUCAAAUCUUCUGGUGCUACUCUUCACAACCACAACCAUUUUUCCUCAGCGGCCUCCCGCAAUCCUCCCUACAUGUCGAUGGCUCAGGCCCUAGAGACCCCAACACCGGCCCAUCGUGCCACCAAGAGUAAUGACACAUUGUGGUGA